UCGGAGCGCCACCUCUUUCUCUCAUCACAUGCAACGCCCGCUCAUCGAUGACUCGUACAUUUUGUAGCGCAAGGGGUGGUUUCAGCUAGUGAAGGCUUGUAUGUGGACAUUAGCCAGCCAGCCAGAUAGCCAGCUAACGGUAGCUAGCUAACACACUGGAAUUGAAGACGCUUUUCAAGAACAGAUUUUCGACACGAUUGCCCCACUUGACAGCUAUAAUAUAUACGAGGAAUUGGACAAUAUACAAAUCUGCUUCCUAAGCUUACGUUGGCUCGCUUCUCUGCUAAGAUUUGCUAGCUAACGUUAGUUAGCUAACAAGAAAGGAUAUUGCUGUUACUUAGUCAACAUCUACCUAGCCCAGAUUUAUUAUAAGAUUCGGUGCCAUAUUAUCUAACGUUGCGCGUCUUGGUGUUAAGCCUUUUUUGAUGCCAUUAGUUAAUUUUUUGACAAGGAACCAAAUCAAAACCAACGCUAGCUAGCCAACAACGUUGGAGAAAAAACAAUCACUACGCGAGACCGGAUAACUGGUGUCCUAGAUAACGUUAAGAUAAAUAGCUAGCCAGUUAACGUAGCUGUCAAAAAAAGUAAGAAAGGAAAGACGCUGUAGUUGUCCAAAAAACGGGGUCUAUAUAUUUUUAUCCUGGUUGCUGAGGAACACUGAUAAAUCCAUUGACAUGAUGUUUCCACAAUCAAGACACUCGGCUUCCUCCCAGUCCUCCCAGCCUCUCAAGUUCACCACCUCCGACUCCUGCGACCGCAUCAAGGACGAGUUUCAGUUCCUACAAGCACAAUACCAUAGCUUGAAGAUGGAGUGUGACAAGCUAGCUAGUGAGAAGUCAGAGAUGCAGCGUCAUUACAUCAUGUACUACGAGAUGUCUUAUGGACUGAACAUUGAAAUGCACAAACAGGCUGAGAUUGUGAAGAGACUAAACGGGAUCUGUGCUCAGGUGCUCCCCUACCUAUCUCAAGAGCACCAGCAGCAGGUCCUAGGGGCCAUAGAGAGAGCCAAGCAGGUCACUCCUCCUGAGAUGAACUCUAUCAUACGGCAGCAGCUCCAGGUGCACCAGUUGUCUCAGCUCCAAGGCUUGGGCCUCCCCACGAUGGCCCCUCUCCCCAUGGGCCUGUCUGCUCCCAGCCUCCCUCCAACCUCCAGCGCCGGACUGAUGUCCCUGUCCUCCAUCCUGGCCUCGCACUCUCACUCACAGGCAGCACAUGCACAGGCUCAGGCCCAGCUGGCUAAAGAAGACAAGGCCAGAGACGCAGCAGAGAGAGAACAGAGGGAAGAGGACGGAGACAAGUCCGACUGAUGGUGGAGUGUGGAUGGGAAGGAGUGGAGAGAGGGGUGAGACAAGUUGGACUGAUGGACAACCAGGAGUGGAUCUACUGUGGGAGGGCUAAGGGGGGUGUGUGAGUUGAGUGUUCCUACAGUAGGUGUCACCCUGUGGUUCAGCUCUUUAGAGUUACUCUCUGGGUCUCCACUCCAUUGCUUUCUUAUCCUUUUUCAUCUUCUAUUAUCAUCAAAUCAGUUUGUCACCAAGCCUGUUGCACAGGUCUCCUCUGUUUGACUCCUUCCUCUUUUCCUUUCCUCCUCUGUUCACUAUUGCCGCUGACAACCCAUUGCCAACAGAUACUACCCUGACCUCUAACCCAGAGAUGUGGACUCGAGUCACGUGACUUGGACAUUUCAUGACUUGAUACUUGACUUGGCAAAAAGAAACAAACACUUGCCAAUCGACAUUGACUUGAGCAUUUAUGACUGGUGACUUAACUUGGACCAGCUAUAUGAGUCGAGACUCGGUUUGUCAUCUCGCUCACAAGGUAGGCCUCUCUGUCCUUCAUAUCGGAGUGCUGCGAGUUUUUUGAGUUUUGUUCUGUCUUCACCAAUCAUAUUCACGGAAAUCACAGCUCUCGCAGGCCGGGCACUAAGCACGUCAUCUAGCAAAGCGCGCCACUCUCCACUAUCCUGCCGUAUUUAUUUAGCAAACGUGAUAACACAUCACUCCCAACAAACAAAAGCAAGAGCUCUUAACAGAAAUGUUACAGCAGCCUACACCUAAACUGUAUGGGAAGAAAACGAGAUGACUUCUCAGUCUAAUCUAAUGACAACAACCAGGUGGUAAUGUUAUGUAGCCUAUUUUAUAGACCAUUUAUUUGUGUUAGGAGAAAAUGUGAAUGUGAUCAAAUUUGGUUUAAGUUAAAUUCAAACUUGAACUGGCUAGGCUACCUUGACCUUUUCAAUCCAAAAUUAUUAACUGAAAUGAAUCAAACACUACUGAUUUACAUGGACUGUGUGAGUUACUUUUCAAUUAAAGUUGCAGAGGCCUACACGAUGCAAACCUGCAUAAAGCAAGCCUAGCCCUGUGAGUUGCAUUAUCCAAUUGCAAUUGUUGUGUCUGUAGAGGAAACCCCUGUUAGUCAGUUUGUAAAACACGUUGGUCCAAAAUCAUUGCAAUGAAAUUGGCAUAAAACACUUAGCCUUUGACUUGAGGACCCGAAACCCAGAAUUAGGGACUUGUGACUUGACCUGAGCUGUGGGACUUGACUCAAAGCUUAACUUGAGACUUGCAAAAUUGUGACUUGGUCCCAUCUCAGCUCUAACCCUUUAACCCCUGACCUCUGUUCCUCUUCUAGUAAAAGCUGCCCUUAAGCUCAGAUUUAAACGAUCAAAGCAUUACUGACCUUUGAUCAGUGUCUAGGGACAACUUCCUCCUGUAGGUCUCUGCUGAUUGGCUGCAGAGUUACUGCUAACUCUGCUCACUGAUCUUACAGACAGUGUUCUGAAAGGGCCACUUGAAUAAGACAGUCAAGUGUAAAAGUCAUAGGAGCUAGGGUGUGUGUGUGUGUGCGCGAACCACCUUUUCGUAUUCUCCCUCCCGCCCCUGUCUGUCCACUCUUAACUGAGUCUAUGUUCCAGUCCCAAAUCAACACCUAGGCACUUCCCCUAGACAGAGGAGGUGACGAAGGGGUAAGGGUUGAUCCUGGACGGGGCCUAAAUCUAACGGGACCUAAACUUCACAUCAAUCAUGUGCUCAUUCAGAUCAGAUCCUAUUGGUGGAAAGGGAGAGGAACACAUUUGCAUAUGUCGUUCUGUUGGUUAGCAUAGCACUUGGAGCUAGAAUGUGUGGUGAGCGAGCAUGGUGCCAAACCGUUGAACACAGCCGUAGCGCACUAACCUAUAACCUACCCUCCGAUGCAUAACUGCCUUUCUAAUUCGAGGCGAUAAGGUUUAGUUCUUCUCCAGGACAGUAGGUGGCAGCAAAGCCAAACCAGACCCAGGGUUGUAUUCAAUCAAACCCCCAUUACAGUAUUUACAGACUAUCCCCCCCAAUGGGCUAAUUAAAAUCACAGGACCCUAAACCUACUACUGCUGCCAGGUAGACUCCCCUCACAGGUAGAUGUCUACAUUUUCAGAAUAAGAAGAGCAUUUUUGGACAGUAAACCAAGACACUGUAAACUUUGCUAUGGCAGGUUUGAGUGAAUUUAGAGCAAAACUUGGACAUUAAUGGUUUGUGUUUCUGUUGUGAAGGGCCCAUUUAUAGAACUAUAUCAAUAUACAUAUACUUUUUAAAGCAUUUUUGUAUGUUUCAAAGCUGCUUUUAGUGUGUAUGCGUGUGAUGGAAGAUGACGUCUCAGUGCAGCGUGUGUAUUAUGUGAUGUGCUAUGGAAAGAGGUACUAUCCAAUGACCCCCCCCUCUCCUGCCCCCUUGACAAUGCUGAGGAAAUGUCGCCUCCUUGUUGAGCUUUGUAAAUGUAAUUUUUAAAACUCUUCAUUUUGUCAUUGUAUGUGAAACUUCAUAAGUGUGUACUUGGCGAUAAUGUAUGUCAUCUGUGUUAUGAAAAACCAAUACUUAUUGCUUCAUUUAAAAGAAAAGACGUGGCGGGGAAAAGUCACACAAUGUAAACCAACCAAACCCAAACAUUGACGACACAACAUGACUGAAAGAAGCGCUCAGCAGUAAGGAAAUGUCUAUGGUGCCUUACAAAUAAAUGACUCAACGGAGA